AAUACAUCCAUGGGUGGAGGAGGUGGGAUUUCCUCCUCUCCUCCUCCUCCUCCACAUCAUCAUCCUACUGCUCCCAGGGAUGUAUCGGCGUGGUGUGCACCUGCUUUAUGUAUUAUUUGGGUCAUCGACCUCUGAAAUGCUCAAUUUUAACCAGUGUCAUCAAUAGCCACACGAAAAGGUUCAAACGACCUAUUCGGUGGUGCCCGAGAGGCCUCGAUUCGGUGUGAUUUAGGUAGAUGAUGUGUUGAUUUUUUUUUUGUUGUUCGGGCAGCAGCAGUGAGACAGCAUCUUUGCCGGGUGACACAUCAUUAUCUGUACGAGUGGACAAGCCAUAGGACACCAUGUCGGACAAAAGUGACCUAAAAGCAGAGCUGGAGCGCAAGAAGCAGCGCCUCGCCCAAAUCAGGGAGGAAAAAAAGAGAAAGGAGGAGGAGAGGAAGAAGAAAGAGGUAAGGAAAAAAUCAGAGAGCCAGCAGAAGCGAGAGAUGACCCCAGAGGAUUCAGACUUGGACCGUAAGCGCAGGGAGACUGAGGCCCUGCUACAGAGUAUUGGCAUCUCACCGGAGCCUCCUCUGGUCCAUUCUUUGCAGCCUUUAAUGUUAGAUUCAUGUUAUUUUCAUUAUUUAGUCCCGACCCCUGUGUCCCCCUCCAAAUCAGUGAGCACGCCCAGUGAGACAGGGAGCCAGGAUUCAGCUGACGGAGGAGCAGCUAGCAGAUUUUACCAAUUGGAUUUUACAAAUUGGUCAGGUUUCUCUAAAAACAAGUCCCAAGCACAGAGCUCAAGGACACUGCAGUGGGACACAGACCCCUACGUGCUGCAGCUGCAGGCUGAUUCUGAGCUCGGGCGCAGGAUGCAGAGGCUGGGCGCCUCUAAGAUCACACAGGUAGACUUCCUUCCCAAAGAGUUGGUCUCUUACAGCAAGGAGACACAGACGCCACUCACCGCCCACCUGUCUGAAGUAGAGGAGGAAGAGGAAGAUGAAGAGAUGAUGGAGGUGAAGCCAGGCCCCGAGUCAGAGCAGCAGGAUGAAGACGACAACAGGGAAACCAAAGAAGGCUUGGUGCUGCGGGAGCUGACGGAGGAGGAGAGGCAGCAGAUCCUGCACUCUUCUGAGUUUCAGAGUUUCUUCGAUUGCAGCAUCCGGGUGAUGGAGAGAGCUCUGGCCGAAGACAGCAACAUCUUCUUCGACUACAGCGGCCGGGACGUGGAGGACAAAGAGGGAGACUUGGGUAGUGGCUCCAGCCUGUCCUUCAGUAGACUCUUCUACGAUGAACACUGGUCGAAACAUCGCGUGAUCACCUGCCUUGACUGGUCCCCUCAGUAUCCAGAGUUGCUAGUUGCCUCCUAUAACAAUAACGAAGAUGCUCCUCAUGAACCGGAUGGUGUUGCCCUUGUAUGGAACAUCAAAUUUAAGAAGAACACACCAGAGUACAUCUUUCACUGUCAGUCUCCUGUAGUAUCUGUUGGCUUUGCCAGGUUUCAUCCCAACCUGGUGGUGGGGGGGACUUACUCGGGACAGAUCGUCCUGUGGGACAACCGCAGUCACCGUCGGACCCCCGUCCAGAGGACUCCUCUGUCUGCUGCUGCACACACUCACCCAGUGUACUGCGUGAACGUGGUUGGCACCCAGAACGCCAACAACCUGAUCACUGUGUCUACAGAUGGCAGGAUGUGCUCCUGGAGUCUGGACAUGCUCUCCCAGCCACAGGAGACCAUGGAACUGGUGUACAAUAAAUCCAAACCCGUGGCGGUGACAGGCAUGGCUUUCCCCACAGGAGACGUUAACAACUAUGUAGUGGGGAGUGAGGAGGGCACUGUGUACACUGCAUCCAGACAUGGCAGUAAGGCGGGCAUCUGUGAGAUGUUCGAGGGCCACCAGGGGCCGGUGACGGGCAUCAGCUGCCACAGCGCAGUGGGCACCGUCGACUUUUCCCACCUCUUCAUCACAUCCUCCUUCGACUGGACCGUCAAACUCUGGAGCACCAAGCACAACAAGCCUCUGUACUCGUUUGAGGACAACGCAGACUAUGUGUAUGACGUCAUGUGGUCGCCCAUACACCCCGCGAUCUUCGCCGCCGUGGAUGGCAUGGGCCGCUUAGACCUGUGGAACCUCAACAAUGACACUGAGGUACCAACUGCCAGUGUGACCAUUGAGGGCGCUUCGGCCCUCAACAGGGUCCGCUGGUCGUCAGGAGGGAAGGAAGUGGCUGUGGGCGACUCAGAAGGCCGAGUCUGGAUCUACGAUACUGGAGAGCUGUCGGUGGCUCACACUGAUGACUGGGGGGGCUUUGCUCGUACCCUGAUGGAGAUCCGUGCGAACCGGGCGGACGGCGAGGAGGAGGGGCCUAUGGAGCUGGCUUCAUAGAACAGGACUCCAAACCAAAGUGGAGGGAAUCAGAGACUUGGUGUGCUUUUAUUGGUGUCACUGUAGCAUGUGAUUCUUCACCUUCACCUUUAUGUACAGUUCCUGUCUGGUCCAAACAAAACCACGCUUUUAAUGUAUUUUUUGCAUUUACUGUCCAGUAAAUGCAAACUGUCUGUUAAUGGGUAAACCGCUGACCUCUUCUGAUUUGUCCACCCUUAUUUAUUUGUUUAAUGAUUUAAGGUGAUCAACUCGUGAGCCUACAGUAUAUACAAAGUGACAGUCUUAUAGCCUUAUGAAGAUGUGUGUACUGUAACAAUGCUUUGCACUACUGUAAAAAUAAAGCAGGGUCCAUAGACUAGUCAUGUAUUGUUUACAAAAUGUCUUGUUCACUUUAUGUUGUGCUUCUUUUCUCUGUAUUAUGCCUGCAUGCGACACAUUCCUGAAAUAUUCCAGAUGGAUAAACGUUAGUUUUUAUGGUGACGUUUUCACACGUGGGGCUUUGUGGCUGCUUUAUGUCAGUGUUUCAGGAUGUCAGAAACUGAAUCAAGUACUGGCACUUUGUCUUUAGUUCUGAGCGAGAGCAACAACUGUAUAUUCUUUAAUGAACUGUAACAAUUAUCAAGAGGUAUAUUGUAAUGCAGAGUGCCCGCUGUUAAACCUGCUAUGUUUACUAUUAAAGCAUAGCUGAUGAA